AGACAGCAAAUCUGCGACUCUGUCUGUGGCUCUGUUUCCUACCAAACAAAAAGGGUUUUGUUAGCUCUCUACACAGAGAGAGAGAGAGAGAGAGAGAGGGUUUUGAUUUUGCUAGAAGCGGCUCUGUUUAUUGGGUUUUUUUAUUUUUUUUUCAAUUUCAAUUUGUAGGUGUAAAUGGCGAGUUCUGCGGAUGAGACUCAAAGUUUGCCCAACGACGAUAUCGUCUCUGUCGAGCUCCGUGCUCCUCCUGCUUGGAAGAAAUUGUUCAUGCCAAAGAAAGGAGGUACUCCAAGGAAGAAUGAGAUUGUAUUUAUUGCUCCAACAGGGGAAGAGAUUAACAACAGAAAGCAGUUGGAGCAGUUCCUAAAAUCACACCCUGGUAAUCCUGCAGUAUCCGAGUUUGAUUGGGGCACCGGUGAGACUCCAAGAAGAUCAGCAAGGAUAAGUGAAAAAGUUAGGGCAACACCCCCUUCCUCUGAAAGUGUGCCAUCAAGGAAACGAAGCCGAAAAUCAUCAGGUUCUAAGGACGGCAAGGGGACAGAAACCACUGCAGAGGAAACUGAAGGUAAGAAAGAAGUUAAAAUGCAAGAUGUUGUCACCGAGAACAGUGCAGGAGAGGAAAAUCAGGUUCAGAUUGGGGGUAUCCAAGAUACCAAAAUGCAAGAAACUGGUCCAGAGGAAGUUGUGGGGAACGAUGCUGAGAUUGAGCAUGAUGCCCAGGAAAACAAGAAUGAAGUAAAAAAUGUAGAAGACAAACAGGUCAUGGGAGAAGUGGAUCAACCACUAAAUGAAGCUGCAAGUGAUGAGAAACAUGACAAGCUUGAAAAUUUCACUGUGCAGACAAGCAAUGGGGAAGAGCAAGAGAAACUCAAUGGAAUUCUGCCUUCAUUUAGAAGAGAUGUUGAAGAGAAACAAGAAGUGCGCGAAGAUGAUCGAAAAUAUAAUCUGCAGGUGGAGGAGAAAGGCAAGAAAAUAGAUGGGGAGGUGAUGGAGAAUGGUAAGGUUAACCAACCUGGGCAAACCAACGCUGCGCACUAUCCAACUCCCUCACCAGUUAGCUGCUAAAUGUAAUGUAUCACUAUCUCCACUAGCACUUUUGUAACAUCCAUGUGUCUCCUUUACUACCUCUUCAACUUUCUGGGAUUUCUUGGAUGACUGUAAUAUUAAAGCUUCAUUAAUACUAAAUUUGAAUGUUCGCAAGUAAAUCUUGUAA